CAUGGUUACGCCGUCAAACUCCUGAGGCCGUAGCUUCAAGUUAGCAUGAUAUUUUCCAGUUUUAUUUUUUUCUUCUUUUAAUGAAGUGUUUCUUUUUAAGAAGACACUGAGUCUGGUUCACAAGUGUACAAGAAUGUUUACUCAGAUACCAGGGAAGCUAAUACGGUGGUGGCGCAGCAGUUAAAGGCAUAAGGGGGCGACAAAGGAAGGAAAAUGCCGAUGAAAAAACACACUUGAACACCCUGAACAGCACUUCCGCAUCAUUAAUACAAUGUCCUCCCCAGAGAAGAAGGAGGGGGUUCCAGACCUGCAGCUAAGCUCAGUCUUUGGGAACAGUGUUGUCAAACCACAGGCCCCCCACUUGCUGCCUGAGGAUGCUGAGCCACGGGAGCUUGCUGAAUUUUCUUCAGCAGAGACGUUGUGUCUUAGCAGAACAAAGCUAAAACAUGUUUCGGAAAGUAUUUUGAAAAAUAGCACACUAAAGUAUUUAUAUCUGGAAGGUAACCAGAUAUCCAGUAUCCCAGAUUCAUUGUUCAUCAGCUUGCCCAACCUGCAGUGGCUGGACCUCAGAAAUAACCAAAUUGUUUCACUCCCUGCUGAAAUUGGCUUGCACAGGUCUCUGAAAACAUUACUACUAGAAGGGAAUCCUAUCUCAGAACUUCCACCAGAGUUAGGAAACGUGAUUACCCUCAAAGGCCUGAACCUGAGGAACUGCCCCAUCAGUUUCCCUCCACAAGAGAUUGUGCACCAGGGUCUCCAAGGUAUCCUCCAGUGCCUGAGGAGUGCCAUGGCCAAGCGACAAGUUAGCAUGACAAAGGCCCCUCCAGUAGAAUUGCCAGUUGUGGAGAAGCUCCAGCUGUCAGAGCUGAUGGGGUCUAGUAUGGAGGAGCAGGAUGAGGCUGUGGAUGAGGACGAGCUGCAGAGGUUCAAGGAGUUAAAACACAGGAUGAACCUACUGGAAAAAGCUGAGCUGCAUUCAAUAGCACAAGGGGAUAAAACCCCAAAGUCAUGUCUUCUUCCUAUUACCAAAAGGAAAAAAGCUGCUACCAAGGCCGGCAUAAUUCCCGAGCUCCCCCUGUAUGACUCUCAGCACUGGAAGAAGCCAGAGGAGAGGAAACAGGCUGCAAUGAAAGAGCUGAAAGAGAAACAGGCUAUUCUCGAGCAGGGGAGAAAAAGCCAAGAGGCUUUUCAGAGCUGGCGCACACAGGCGAAGAUCACACAGAAGAAGAAAAUGUCGGAGCACAAGCAGAGGAAGAACGAAAGACAAAAAAAGCAAGAGGAGGCAGAAGCAGAUUUAAAACCCAUUGUGGAGGAUAGCAGUGACACUCCGCAGAGGCAGACGUCCAUGCCUAUCACAGAGUGUGAGGAGACCAGAUCGGCCCGUGACUUAGAGCGGCAGAUCCGUGCCCGUGUAGAGAAGAUGCAGGAGAGACGCAGGAAUCCCAGGGGCACGACCAGCGAACAGAUGGCAGUGGCAGAGCAAGAUGUGGAAGAGAUGAGGAAGUUACAGAUGCGGCUUCUGGAGCGGAAGAGAAAUCGGGGAAGAGAUCUUGAUAAUUGUUUUACUAUCUUCACUGCAGACACUUGGCCGAGUUUCCUUGACAAGUGACAUGGAUUACACAUCCCUUCUGUUUUGUGCCACUGAUUUCAUACUCAAAAGUCACUGUAAAGAUUAAUCUCUUUAUGAAUAGCCAUUGUAAUGCACAUAUCAAAAAAUACAGAUUACAAGGUUUUUGAGUGAGUGAGUGAGUGUUUUGAAAUUUUCCAUGGUAUGGUUCUUUUUGUCUUUCUCUUUCUGUCUUUAUUUGCCUUUGGAAUUCUGCAAGACUCUCUAACAAAAACUA